GUAAGACAUACUCUUCCUACUGUACAUACAUACAUUUGGACACGCACUACUCUGCUCACCAUGUUACCUCCUUACAUCGCUUAAGUUUAGAUCCUGGGAAAAACCAAAAGCACAAAAGAGCAAAUCGAAAUGCUCUACAAUGCUCUCAUCCGCACCCACCACAUUACCUCCCGCAAAAAGGUUGCUACCUUGAAACAAGCCGCAUCCGCUCACAAUUGCUUUGUGCUUCUUCGCUCGGGUGGCAUUCCGGGCAUCAUGUACGUUGAAUCGAAAGAGAAAGAUGCCGUUGAGGCAUGGGUGAAUGUGGCGCGGAAUUUGAGAUAUAAGGAUUUCCAGCUAGUGACUAGGCCGGGGGCCCUUGAGGGAGAUUGUCGGAAACAGAUUGAAAAUGAGAACCGGAAGGAUGGUAAGAAAAGCAAUGCAGGAGGAGCCAAUGAGGAAAGAGAUUCCAGGCCUAGGCUGGAAGAGGUCGAGACGGUGAAGGUAUUUGGAAGUAAAAUGAAAGACAAAGGUGUAUGGCGGUGGUGGAGGAAGGGGAUGGGAUACGUGAGCUGAGGAACUAUUAGCUCACUGCGGCGCCUCGUCAACCUAGCAAAUGCCCUGGCGGUCGCUCUGCUCAUGCCCGAAACACACUGCUCCUUGAAGAAUCCCUACCUGCGUUAGUUGCUGAAUUCAUACGACGGGCGCUAGUUUUUACUGGUAUGGAUUUGUCGGGUUUGUGUUGAACUAUGAUCGACUGAGAGCAUCCGUUUCCGAAAGAUAUAAUCUUUUGAAAGCUAGCUGCAGAAGGUUACGCAGGGGUCAACAUCACCUCGGUCACUACAGCUUG